UAAGGCCAGAGAGGACUAACAGAGAGGACAUCCUCAGGACAUCAGACAUAUGAGAAGGUCACACAUUUAUAUCACUUUUUAAACAUUUGGUGAUAACUGUGAAGUGAAGUGAAAUAUUAACAAGGUGCACUGUGACUAUCUAUAAAACUGUAACAGGUUAUCAGAAUUACUGCAACUGUUGAUAUUAAUCUACAAAUCAUGAAAUACAAAGUGAAAGUGUUCUUUCUCAUAGGCUGGUUGUUGGCCCAGAUCCAUGGCCACGAGACCUCUGAAAGAGAGCCAGUCAGAUAUGUCAAAAGUCAAAGUGAAAACAAGUCUCUAGGGCAGCAUAAUUCUACAAUACUGCUGCCAGAACCUCUCCAAAACAUCAAUACAUCUAUGUCAAUGUCAAGUGACAUCCAGAUAGUCCCUGGUAUUGAAAGAAUGCCUCACCAUGAUUAUUCCAACCAUCAUGACACUCAUUUGUCAACUCCUAGUAGUAUUGAGGAUACAGUAAAUAUUAUGAAUUUUCUACCCUCUCGAAGGAUAAACAACAGAGGCCCAAUAGAGGAUGAAUCCAUAAACACUAAUGCCACAAUUGUUGACCUGUCUAGAGCCUUUGACCAGCCCAGUGACUCUAAGCACAAAUUCAACUCACAUGAAAUUUAUUUAAAUUCAUCUGAUUCUUCAAGAGAUUUUGACCAACCUAGUGAUUCAGAAAACUCAACUAAAUCAUAUGACAUAAAUGAACCUUCAAGGACCUAUGACAAUGCCAGUCAUUCAGGUUAUACACCAUCAGCACAUAAUAUGCAUGUAGAUUUAUCUGAGUCUACCAAACCCUCAGACCAACCCAAAGACUCAGGCCAUACACCCAGUUCACUUGAGGAAAAUGAUAAAAGUUCCGUAAAACCCUCCGAUAAAGCCAGUUACCCAAGUCAUACACCUUACCCACAUGAUAAGCGUGCAGUCUUAUCAGAGACUUUAAGCCCUACUGACCAAUCCAACCACUCAGAUCACAAAACCAACUCACCUGAGAUACACAAUGCAAGCUCCUUUAUCUCAGAAGAAAAGCCUUUCACAACAAAGAGGAUAGAGACCUCCAAAGUACAUGAAGAAGAAUCUAAUACAAGUGGAGAGCUUGGUGAAAACCCUAUCAUUCCUUCAGUAACAUCUAAUGGUUCUAACCUACAAAACAAUAAAGGGGUCAUUGAAUCAUACCAAGAAGACCCAGAAGAAGACAGAAGGCCUCUUGAGAUGACUACUCCAGACUACAAAGAAUCCAUUUUUACUGACCCUGAAGAUAUCCAUGAAAACCAUGAGUUACCAGAAAAUGCAACUUCUAGAUCCUUGGGAAAAAGAAAUCUCUGUCUAGUCUGCUUUUGUGACACAGACAACAAAAAAGUUUACUGCAAGCAUGAGCAUGUUUAUGGUGGCGGAUCACACCACCUGACUCUCAAGAAAGAGCUCAUCCCUGUAAAUGCCACUUUCCUACACCUUGAAGGAUUUGACACAGUAACAAUACCUCAGGACACAUUUGCCAGUCAACACCUUGAACUGCAUAAAAUAGUGUUUGAGGACAUCAAAAAGAUCAACCUCAGCAAGGGGUCACUUGCCUUCAGUCCAAAAGCAAGGGAAAACCAUGAGGUAGUCAUCAUUUUUAAAAAGAGCAAAAUUGAGGAGCUGCCAACAGAAGUAUUCACACAACAUGCUAGAAGUGAGACCCAAGCCAGUGACAAACAACUUGAAGAAACAAGAUUCCUAUCUCUUCAUUUGGAGAACUGUGAGAUUUCAACAAUCCGCUAUCAUGCACUGUACAGAGCAAGAAUAUUGUACUUCAAUAUGAUCCAUACUAAGGUUGCCAUGAUGGAGAAGGAAAGUAUCCACCUAGACAUUUAUGAAAACUGGCUGGUUGAAUACAGUGAGCUGCCACUUCUGCCGACCCGAGCUAUCUGUCUGCGUGCUCAGAGUGCUGUGGUUUUCUCCAGAAACAUUUUGUGGGGACUAGAGAGCAAGGCAAUAGAGAUUGACUCUUCAAAUCAGGUGUUAUUCAAAUACAACGAAGUGAAACACCUGGGUUCUGAGGCAUUGCUCGCCAUACAGCCAAAUGCAGCAGCUAUCAGUGCCAACAUCGUCUUUCUCAACAACACAGUUGUGAAGGCAGAUAAUCAAUCACUCUUGAUCAGCAACCAGUACCCAGUUCAUGAACGAAGAGUGCUGGAAAACAGGUUCAAUUUUGUGUGUGACUGUGACAUCGGAUUCCAAUUUCAAGGUCUUAUGGGAAUAACAGAGAAGAGUAACCAUUUUGAAAAUGCAACUUAUACGGCCGUUCUUGAGGAAUCCAUGUGCAAGAAGUAUGAAGAUCUCAUUCUUUAUAUUAAUAUCAACAAAUACUUGAAAGACAACUGCUUUCCAGUGCCACUGCCCAUUGUCAUUUCUUCCACAAUUGUUGCUGCAGCCGUCAUUGUCACCAUUGUAGUGUGUGUAGUUUGCUCGAGACGUGCAGCCCGAGCAAGGGAAGAGGCCUACCUGGGUGAAAGUUGCUUUUCCAACAGUUUCUCCACUUUGCACUCAAACCACCAUCCUCAGGCACCCCCCUAUGGCAGUGACUGCCAUUCCUGGGAGCGCUGCAAUAACCUCCAGCCAUGGGUGAUGGCAGUGCCAGAGGUUAAAACUUAUCAGGAAACAGAGGUGCAUGUGCUCUAUGAACAUACUGAGCCUAUGAAUGUCAGUAUACGUGGGUCAUGUUAUGACCCCAAAGUAGACCUGCAACGUCAGGCUCAAGUGCGUGCUUCAUGUCCUUUUAAUUAGAAAAGUUACCAAACAUACAAGUGAAAUUAUUUGGCAGGAGUAAGCAUCUGUUAUGAAGAUGAACUGAGUAAAAACACAAUUUAAAAAGAAAGACUCAUAUUUGUUCAAUUAUGAAGUGACAAGUAUUCACUCUGCUCUUUUCUCUAUUUUGAGAAAACACAAAAGACUCUAUAACAUGACAAAUGUAGAAAUGUUCAUGUUCAUCAUCAAGCACUGCUUGUCUUCAUAAGUUAUUAUACAUUUAUCACUAAUGACAGACUUUUCUUAUACACAAACACAAACUUUAUCUUGUACUGUGACUAAAAUAAGUUUACUUUGCUUUUGUAAAUAAUUAAUUUAGCUUCUUUUUCUAGUAUUUUGUUCCCAUUAUGAGCCAGUGUCAAGAGCAAGGUAGAAGCCUUAUAAAAGCAAACAGAACCAUGCAAUCUGUCUCUCUCAAUCAUAUUUCCUCUCUCAUCAUUAUCAAUUUCAUUUAAAACUGUAAGUACUCUAGUAGUAAUUGCAGAACUUCUUGUGAAUAUUACUUUUAUAUCCUUCUUUCUUUCUAUAAAAAUAAAUAUAAAAACAGACAUAAAAACUUAAUAAAUUUAAAAUAUUUUUGUA